AGUGCUCGAGUUGAUCGGUGGCUUCGAGUUCGAGGACGUUGUGGUUUAUUGUUUUUUUUACUGCUAGCUAGACGUGUAACCGCGCGCUGUUUCCCUACACUACCUGCGCUGCUACAAUUAUUAAUUUAUAAGUGUUCAUAAUACCAUUCCAUAAUUCUAGUAUAAAUAAGUUUCAAAUACAAUCUCAUUAUGGAAUAUUGUAUAUAUAAAUAGUGAGAUCAAAGUGAACUUAUCAGAUGUUGAAACUUUUAACCUUGUGAGUGCGCUUGUAAAUAAACAGUUUUUGGGACCAAGUUAAUGUUACAUGCAAUUGAUAAAAGUUCAGUGAUGAACUAAACCACAGCUUGUUCUGAAGAUAUAGAAGGAGAAUGUGUUUUUGGAAAGCAAAUUUCGAUACGUACAUCACAAGUUCACCCACAUUACUUUUAUGAUCAAGCAAACAUGAAUCGAGGCGUACAGAAGAUCGUUAUAAUAGUUCUACUCGGAGCGCUGAGUCGAGGAGAGUUGCCCGAAGAUGAUUUCAGGAUAAUAAACAAACAAGACCUGCUGGCGUCUGAUAGCGACAUUUUCGAAGACAAGGACGCUAGAUCGUUUUCACAACUGCUAUUUGAUGUGGCCAGAGACCAGGUCAUCGUUGGUGCAAGGGACACCUUGUACCGACUGUCUCUACGUGGUCUACGGCCGUUGGAGCGUGCUGAUUGGCCAGCACCGGCUGACAAGACCAAGCUCUGCCAAGACAAGGGACAGACUGAUGAUGACUGUCAUAACUACAUCAAAGUGCUCCUGGCGUACGGUCACAAACUGUUCACGUGUGGCACCAACGCCUUCAGUCCUCUCUGCACUUGGCGAGAGAUCGAGUCACUCAACAUGGUUGCGGAGUGGGUGCCCGGCGUUGCAAACUGUCCUCACAACCCUCACUCCAACGUGACCGCCGUCCUGUCUUCCACUGGCGAGUACUACGCAGGAACACCAACUGAUUUCACCAGCUCUGACACAGCUAUAUACAGGAGUCGUGGCGCCUCGCCAUAUGACCCGGGCAUGUUGAGGACCACGCAGUAUGACUUUAACUGGCUGAACGAGCCCCAGUUUGUAGGCAGCUUCGAAGAUGACCUCUUUGUUUACUUUGUCUUCAGAGAAGUCGCGGUGGAGUUUCUCAAUUGCGGGAAUAUAAUCUACUCGCGCAUAGCCAGAGUUUGUAAGAACGAUCCAGGUGGUAACUUGGUGAUGAAGAAAAACUGGAGUACUUUCCUAAAGGCUCGUCUCAACUGCUCGGUUCCUGGUGAUGUCCCUUUCAACUACGAUGAGAUCCAGAGCAUGGAAUAUCUUCCGCAAGAGAAGAUAUUGGUAGCGGUCUUCACAACUCCUACGAAUAGCAUUGCCGGCAGCGCUGUAUGUAUCUACAACAUGUCGGACAUCCAAGCAGCAUUCGACGGCCCCUACAAAGUGAAGGACUCUCCAACUUCCACCUGGGAACCGCGUUCCCCUUCCCCACAAGCCAGAGAACACUUCAGAUGUGUCAACAAUACUAGAGAGCAUCAGGCAAUGGAAUAUCACACAUACCACCUGAUGUACGAUUCGGUUCAGCCGAUAUCUGGUGAGCCAGUGUACAGAGCAACUCUAGAACGCUUUACCCACGUGACCGUCGAUGUUGCCAACGCCAAAAAUGUGGGAAAACAACUAGUAGCGUUCGUGGCAACGGAGAAGAGCACAAUUAUGAAGCUGGCAAUACUGCCGCGCUUCGAGGGAGCCUGCCUCGUUGAGAUCUGGAAGCUUAAAGAUGAAGGGGAUAUCUUUGAUAUUCAGAAGAUUCAAUUCGUUAAGGAUACUAUGUCCUUGUACAUAGGCAGCUAUUCGAACGUACUUCGCGUAGGAAGCGAGCAUUGUUCCCGGUACAAGAGUAGAUCAAGCUGUGUGGGAGCUACCGACCCGCACUGUGGAUGGGAUGACGCGCGUGAACUGUGCCUCAAGGCGGCCACUCACUUGCACCAGUCAUACUUCGUACAGAGUACUGCUGCCUGCCCGACUUUAAAGACGCCUGUGGACGGUGGCUGGUCGUCGUGGUCAGACUGGGAGGAAUGCAUGCAAGACGGAACCCCUCGCGACAGCUUCACAGAUGACAAACCUGACAUGUGCAUGUGUCGUAAGAGGCGCUGCGAUAACCCGAGACCGGCUAAUGGAGGUCAAACUUGUAAAGGUGCUGGUAUAUCGGUUGCAAACUGCACAGUCCACGGUGGCUGGUCAGCGUGGUCAUCUUGGUCGGCAUGUUCUGCCACAUGCGGGAUCGCCGUCAAGUCUAGGCGUCGCUCUUGCACCUCACCUGAGCCCAGGUUCGGAGGCCGCGUCUGCGUGGGACAGGAUGUACAAGAUCUGUUCUGCGCUAAUCUACCACCUUGCCCAGAUCCAGCGCUGGCAGCAGUAGACGGUGGCUGGUCGUCUUGGAGUGCGUGGUCUACGUGCACCAGUUCGUCGGCCACUUGCGGCGCAAACGCGGGCGUGCGCGAGCGACGCCGCACAUGCAAUGACCCCGCCCCCAAAUAUGGCGGCGCGGAUUGUGACGGCGCUCGCUCCGAGAGACAGCCCUGCGACUUGAGACCGUGUGACGUCAGAAAGGCGACCGCGUGGACACCCUGGGUGCAGACUUUGGGCAAUUCGUCAGAUGGCAGUUAUACUGAAAAGCGAUUUAAAUUUUUGUGCAAAGCGCCCACGCCGGAACAAAUUAAGUUGUCACUUGCUCGAGAAGAGGAACGUUAUUGCACCGCGUUAGGGUCUUGUAGUAGCAGUAUACCGGAGGACGAGGGUGGUUGGGAGACAUGGGGACCUUGGGGUAGCUGCUCAGCCGUAUGUGGUGGCGGACAACAGAGCCGGUCAAGGAAGUGUCGGCGAGCACAUUGUACGGGACCCUCUGAUAUGUUGCGAGCGUGCAACACGCAUGCUUGUGUUGGAGAGUGGUCGUGUUGGAGCGAUUGGUCCGAGUGCGCGGGCGGCGGCUGCGGUGCGGGUGCGAGUGGGACAGGACAUCGGACUAGAACACGCAUGUGUCUCUCUCCCGAAGGUUGCGCGGACGCCGGCGCGGCACUCGAGCGGCGCGUAUGUGUUAACACGUGUCCUGAUUCAGAAGCUCGCUGGGGUUCUUGGGGUCCGUGGGGUGACUGCGAAGGUGGCGAGAGAGUGAGAAAGAGAAGUUGCGAGUCGGGCGCAUGCGUCGGAGCGCAACUACAAGUUGCUAAGUGCGACGGAGACAACGAUAUGGAUAACGAGUUGUACGCAAUGCCCGCGUACAGUGAGAGCAUCGAAAUGGCUUCCUUCGUGACGAGCGGCGGCCAGUCUAUGAGUAUAGCUGGAAUCAUUGGCUGUAUCGUCGCUGCCUUUGUCAUGGGUUGUCUAGUCUGCCUUGCAGUGGUAAUAGUAAUGUCACGUCGCGGGGCAAUGUGGUGCAACAAACAGACUGGAGUCCCCUCCAGUCCCCACUACAUGACAAAACAGAACAGUUACGUCACAGUCCCGUUGAAGGAAGUCCCCCGGAAAGCGAAACGUCAACCAUCAUUCUCAGGAAUAGGUGGAGGUAGUGGCAUCAUUCUAUCAAAAAGCAACAAUAUAUCUAACGCUAAUAACCACAGCACUUCUAUGGCGACACCCAAACUGUACCCAAAGGCCAUCGCGAACGAAUAUGACACCAUGGGAACGAUGCGACGUCAUUCCAACCAACCCAAUAAUAAAACUAACUUAGACUUGGAAGAAGAUAAGUUCUAUUGAAGGAAUGUUACAUCAUAUUAUGUUGGGAAUUGCGUGUUAUGCAGACAAUUUGAGUUACGUUAGUGAAACUCGCUUUAAAAACAUAAAAGACAUUAGUUUGAAUAUACUUUGACGAGCGAAUUAUUCCUAGUAUUCGCAAUAUUUAUCGAUUUGGCCGUAAAAUGACGUAGCUUUGUCCAAUUGCUAAUUUACUUGUAAGAACGAUCAUUAUUAUUUAGAGUUCGAGCGUAUUCGUAAUAGUGCGUGCUAAGCGGCCAUUUUGAAUAAUAAUUGUAAAAUGACAUUAAAUGGAUCUCAUACAUAUUUGCGAAAUAAAAUAUUAGUGAUGCUAAAGUAUUCGUAAUAUUUUGUCGAAUUGGCUUGCAAAUAUUUCAGCAAAUAUGCAGCAGCUUUGUCAAUUUGCAAAAAGAUCAUGUAUCGUUUCGUUGGUCUUAAAGAGCGUUAUGAGCCGCCAUUUUGAUUUUUAAAUGACAUUAAUUGGAUAUCAUGUGUCUUUGUGAAUAUGUGCAAAAACAAACAGAUUAGUAAUGAUGAAGAAUAUGUUUAAAUUCUAGAUGCUUCGUUUAGUCUUAAGGAUAUUAUCUAAUGGAUGUAAUGAGCUUAUAAAUCUAUAAAAUAGUUUAUCUUAAAUAAGCUAUAAAAGGGCAGCCAGUUUUAUAUACCUUUAAGAAUAAAUAGAUAUAUUCCGUCCUAUGAAGCUUCUUAAGCCCCCCAUUCACGGGCACACCAUCGCUCCAAGCGGCUCGUGAACUCUCAAAAAUCUAAUACUUUCUGACGAUGCAGUGUGCAUAUUCUUUGCUGCAUAAUGAUGAGUAAUCGGGAAUUCGUAAUUGAGUUUAUUUCGAAAUUUAGGGAAUUACAUUAUUUGUGGCAAAAUUUUCUCUUUGUGGUUUUUUUUUACUUUAUAUACAAACAAACCACUAUGGCAGUUGUAUAAAACUCAUCAUCAGUAACAAAACUCAUUUUUCAAAAGGGAAUUAUUGAUACGAAAGCACCGACCGCUAGUGUCGCUGUUUACCUAUACGAAUUGGCAUGGCGAGUUGGUGCGCCCGCGAGUGUGCAAAAAAAUUUUAUACACCGCUCCAAAUGGCGUGCCCGUGUAUGGGGGGCUUUAAACUAUUUGGAAUAUUUUGUAGUAAUUUAGCUAAACAACACGAUAUUGUUCAAAAAGCAUAUUUUUAAGCUGUUAAAUAUUUCAAAAGAUAUAAUUACGGCUAUUUUUUGUAAAUAAUAUGUAAUAUUAAGGCAAAAUUGCAUUUUCACUUUUGCGUGAACUUAGAAGAUAAGUAAAUCACUAUUGAACAAAUAAAAAUUUAUUACUAUACAAUAUUUACAUUUCACAUACUAUAUAACAUUAUUUUUAGUCGUAUUAAUUAAUUUGUAAAUAUAAAUUAUGUAAUGCUUAUUAGAUAAACGACCCAGUGCCAUGGUAUGUAGUAAAAUAUUUGUUCAUUGUUAUUGUAUGCCUUGUUUUAUAUUUUUUACUAUUUUCCCAGAUUUAAUUUAAUAGUAUAUCUAUCAAAAUACGCGUUUAUUGCACUCGUAUUUAUAUUAGUGUUAUUACAGAAUUAGUUUUAUCUUACAGCUUAAAUUACUGGAUAAAAAUAAAUUUGUUCGUAUUAUAAUGCUAUAUAAAAGUAUGUAUUCAGAUACGAAAAUAAUAAUAAUGUAAUAAUAAUUUUAUAUACUCAAAUAUCAUAAACAAAUAACGUAAACAAAUAACGUAAACCUUCAAUACGAUAUCGAUUUUGAUAAUAUUAUUUAAUUCAUUCAAAUUUCGAACAUCUCUGAAGAAUAAAUAAAUUUGAUUUGACCUCUAUUCUAAUAUCAGUCGAGAUGACGUAAACGUCAAUAGACAUUUUAUUUCGAACUUUUGCUAAUUUGCUUACAAAUUUGACAAAUUUUGCACGUAAGUAAGAUAUCGAACGAUUUUAUAGUUGAGGCCGACUCUAGUUUGUCUCUGAAUUUAAAAAAUAACUGUCACAGCCGCUAGAAAACUUCUGAUUACCGGUAAUAACCGGUUAUAAUUUAUGGUGGUCAUAAUAUGCGGCUUCUGAAUGCAUCAUGGAGGCUUAUGAUAUGUGAGUAGAUAAAGUACUGUAUGUAAUUGUACAUAAUUGGACAUAAUUCCAGAAAACCAUCCCAAACCACAAUCAUAUCGAAAUUUAAUUAAGAAAACAAAACUGGUCACGUGAUUCAUAUUAACGGACUGACAAAAAAUGGCAGCCCUACUGUCACUCUUUAAAUGAUGACAUCAUGACUUAGUAGCCCAACGAGUUUCUUGCUACUUCUUCUCAUUAGCUCAACCCUUUAAAGUAGCGGUAGAUUCAAGAAGAAAAAUUUUUUUUUUACAUUCAUAAGUGUCAUUUCCGUGAAUUUUAAACGCGAAUUCCAUAAAAUCUGAUGUUUGUGGCUUGGACCGUUUUUCAGGAACUACCUACAAUUGUAAUUGUGAUUGAGGCAUUUUCAAAUUAUGAAAAUGAAUGAUAUAAAAUUAAACAGUCUUAAGACAUCAAUUUAAAUAAUUAAAUGAAGUUGAUUUAACAUGUAUAUAAAUUAUCCAAUAUCAAAUUGUGUGUGGUUCACAAUCGUAAAUAGUGCCUUUGAAUGAAUUUAUAUUUUGAUUUUAAGAAAAUGUUAGUUCUUAAGAAUUACUUAAAAAUUGUAAGCCAGUGUCUAAAAGAGAUAAAAAUAGGUUUUAUAGUGUGGAGUGCCAUGUGAAAACGAUUUAAGUAGAUUUAUAAAUCGUCUAUAUUUGUUCAAAGGAAAAUAGGCUGUAUUAUAUAUAAAGCUAGGUAGGAUUUAUAAUGAUAAUCUUUUGUAUUGCUAAUCUAGGCUUAUUUUUUUAAAUAUAUUGGAUUUUCCCCGACUUUUUUUUAAGUACUAAAUAAUUCGAUAAGGGAAUUAAUAUUAAAGGAUUGUCAAACACUCGUUGCUUGCAGUGGUAAAAAUCGUCGGUGAAUUAGGUGUGUACGCGAGUUUCGGUUUUUGUUGUCAUAAUUUAAAAAUAACGAUAUUUUGUUGGCAGUUUUUCAAUUUAUUAUAACAUAUUGUAAUUUAUUAAGGAAAACAGUUACUAUUGGUAUGAAUGUGAAUAAAAAAAUACGAUAUAAAUAUAUUCAAUGAUUCAAACUCUGCAUUUCGCACUGAAAUAUUUACGAUUUCAAUCGCCAAGUGUUACUUAAAAAUGCGAAGUAAAGUUAUUCCAAGUUUAAAACUAUCUUACCUUUGUCAGUACAGAAUUACAUGACAGGGAGAAGUAAUUUUAAUCUUCGAGUAACUUUACACUGUGUUUAUAAGUUUAUGGAACAUUAGUGAAUAUUUAGAAUUAUAAUCAAUUAAAAUUACGAAGAACAUUUUAUCUGGAUACAACUUUUUUUUCAUUUCUAAUAUGAAAUAGCCAGUUUACAGGCGAUAUUUUCAAUUCACUGCUGCAAAAAUAUUGCCCAUUAAGCGAUUAUGAAAACUGUAUGGCUCUUUCAGACAUAGAUUUGAUAAUUUAUACGAAACCAUUGAUCAAGAAAGUCACAACACAAACUUCUGCUAAAGUCCGGCCGCAAAGUGAGAAGAAGUUCGUACGUUGACCUUUAUUACCUAUCUCUUUUUUUUCGAAAGGAGUAAAAUACAUUUACGUAUUGAAGACCCCGAAACGGGGUCCAUAUGUCGGACUCGGGUGUAAACACCCGACUAAAAACCUCCUCUGUGCUGAUAACCCUAAAGGCUUUUACAGCGAAGCCGGGCGGGGGCCUUGGAGGCCGAAAAUGUAACUCACAGGCGCGGGGCUUCUCGGAAGGAGACUCGAACCUCGGACCGCCUGCUCACUAGGCUGGAUGGAGAGAAGAUCACUAACGAUCUAAUAUAUCUGUUUGUCCAGUGGACUCUGGGUUUGAAGAGACUUCGCACUAUAUCUCUACCUAUCUCUGUCACUUCAUUGUUGUCGGCCAUUGCAUCUGUGCGAGCGAGACGCAUUAUAUUUACGAGGGAGUAAGAGGGACAGGUAAUAACAGAUUAACGUACGAAAUUCUUCCUCUUUAGCGCCCGGACUACAGUCAAAAGUUCCCCUUAGGAGCAGACAUGCCAACGAGCUUUUGACGUGUGUGUGUGUUGAACUUUGUAUGUGUGUAAAAACCGGUGCCUUAACCAGAUGUAUACGUUUAUUGUGUAAAUAGUAAUAAAUUGAAUUUAUAUAAAUAUAUUUAUCUGAUAUAUUAUUAGGUAUAGUCAGCAUGGGUGUUGAGCGGUGUCUUUGAAUGUGCAGCAAUAAUAAAUAUUGACGUAGGCUUAAUUCAAGUGAAAAAUAUCUGUGUGUACCCACAGUACACAGGUAAGAAGUGAAACUAUAUGACAAAUAAUUUUUCUACUAUUUACAACUUCACAGAAAUUGGGUAGGCUUAAGAAAAAGUCUUGAGGUAUCAUUAAGAAAGUUAUUUAUGUUUAAAUAACCUUUCCCACACAAACGUUUUUUAACAAUUCUUUUGAAUUUGAAAACAAAUUUGUUUUGAACAUUUUCUGGGAUCAUAUUGUAAAAGCAUAUGCAUCGCCCACUAAAAGACUUAAUCCCUUAUUCAUAAUAGUCUGCUAACUUAAAGCAUUGCUAAUUCUCGUUAUGUCUUCUUCUAUUGACCUAAGUCAGAAUGAGAAAAAACACUCCUCAGCGGCUGUUUUAAGUUAGCGGACCAUUAUGAAUAAGGGGGUUACUUACUCGACUUUGCCGAGUAGUAGGUAUAACAAGUUUAUGUUUGUUCCUCGUGUUAACAUUAUGAUCGUCGCAGUUUCUAGCGAUAUGCUUAUGAACAUAUAGAACAUUAUCAAGUAUAUAUUGAGAUGCAACAGUCAAAAUGUUUAUUAGUUUCGCUUACCGCUCAACAUCCGUCCCGGUUAAACCUUUACGUUGAAGAUCGUUCAACGCUGUGAUUGGCUCACGUUGAGUCACAUGUUAUAGUUAUUUUUAUACUUAAUAGCUUGCAAUUUGAAUGUGCCUUAUGGUAUUAAUUAAGGUAGUAUAGGAUGGUAUUAAAACAUAUCUUUUUAAUUAAAAUUAUGGUGAUUUAAUAUUGUAAAUAUCAUGUCUACUUACUUUUUCGUAGGGAUAGCUUUGUAUUUUUUACUAAGAUAAUUAUUCAGCACUUGUUAAAGUCCUAUUAUUAUUUUAAACCAAUUCUGGUAUGACGUUUAGUAUAUUACUUAGAUUUCUACUUGUAUUUAUGUCUCUUCGGGUUGAUACCAGCGGUCGAAUUCCACCACCGGACAUUACAUCAAAGUACUAAAUACCAUCCGCAUUACGGACGUCUGGUAUUCGAGAACCGCGCGUUUUGAAUAAAAUUUCUUGCCUCGCACAGACACUUUGUUGAAUCAAUUACCGGCUACCGUUUUCCCGAACCGAUAUGACUUAGGGACGGCUGGCAAAGCAUCUCUUGAUACCUUUUGUUGCAUCCCGUGUGAUCCUUGGCUAGUUUGCUCCCUCUUAUAAAAAAUGUGAGAGAAAUGAAGUUUAACACAUUGCAAUGCAGACUUAGAUUAACAUGGUGUCAUAAAAUUUGGAUUCAAAAUAAUGGCGGAUGUUUAUUGCGGCCGUUAGACUCUGCCUAAAUUGGGGCUAUGUAAUGCGUGUACGUAGACGUGGUCGCUAACUAUGGACCUUAUGAUGGUCAUUGUCGCUCAGAGGGCACUGGAUAGGGCUAUGCUCGGAGUUUCACUGCGAGGUCGAAUUAGAAAUGAGGAGAUCCGUAGGAGAACCAAAGUAACCAAUAGCCCAGUUGCGAAAACUGAAGUGGUAGUGUGCAGGGCACAUAGUUCGACGGACAGAUGGCCGUUGAGGCAGUAAAGUCCUCGAAUGAUGACCACGUACCGGAAGACGUAGUGUUGGUAGGCCCCCCACAGUAUGGACCGACGAUCUGGUCAAAAUCGCCGGAAUACGUUGGAUGAGGUCAGCGCAGGACCGAUCGUCGUGGAAAUCUUUGAGGGAGGCCUUUGUCCAGCAGUAGACGUCUUCCGGCUGAUGAUGAUCACAGAUAAAUGUGAAAUUGCAUCAAUUUAUAUCAUUGUUUAAAUUCCCGAAUUUAAGGUUCCAAUUGAUUGCUAUCUUACGACGUGGUAUCUACAAUAUUAAUGUAUAAAUAAAAAAUGUAUUAUUUAAGAGGCUUCUCAUGAGAACUCACCGAUUUAACCAUAAAAUGUAAGAUUGUUGAUUGGUUAAUGAAUUCCAUAGUUUUAUAAUUCCAAUUGUUUGCGCCGCAGUAAAUUGAUAUUGCGCUCUUUACUUAAUCUGUAACAAUAAAGACUGUCUUAUUA